GAACCUUCAGUGACUGAGUGUGUGCGUGGCGGAGGGAUAUCAGAGUUACACGUCACGUGGAUGUUUAGUGUUUGGGGCUCAUGUCAGGCACCCGUUCCCGUGAAAAGCAUGUCUCGCGCCGCUGACUAUGACGCGUUGUUCGCGUCGCGUUUCUCUCCCGCGGACGCGCAUUUUCAGCGCUACCGAGAGCGCGCGCCCGACCCGCCGCCCGCCGUGCACGAUUGGAGAGCGCGUGGCCGCAGAGACAGAAGGGCUCCGGAGCGGCGCGAGCGUCAGUUCCCGGAGCGGCGCGAUGAACGCGACUCUCGCGGCCACAGAUCUCACUACUGAAGAUUCUCGUUUAUCUUGUGUAAUUACUUUUACAUUUGUGUGAAUAAAGUACUUUAAAUGAC